AUGAACGCUCAAGCGAUCUUCAGCGAGCUCGAGGCUCACCGGCCCAAAAGACAUCCCACGCCACUGCUCAUUGAGAACUCGCUUCUCCUUCUUCCUCUCCUGGUUGUCAUCUCCCUCGGAAUCCUCCUCCUCUCAUACCUCGUCCCAAAGGCAUACCGCUUCUUAUCCCGCCAUGUUUUCAGGCGGAAUCGCCAACCCAUCUUUCUCGAAGAUGACGACGACCUCGCAGAAGCAGAGCCAGAACCCUCGCCCCUCUACAUGCCGUCCCGCGGACUCUGGUCCGACUUUCGAGCGCACGUCCGGUCAUUCAAGGAGGCUGGCACGGUCCUCUUUGCUCUUGAAGUGUUCAGGACCCUGUGUCUGUGCGCUCUGCUCGCCCUCAGCAUAUACGCGACGAUCCAAGCGGAAUCACCGGACACGGUGGACGUGCUGAGGAAAAAGGAGCACAAGGGAAAGAAGCACAAACACCACUCGCAUUCUGUGGAUGAGUAUUCGAGUUUGGAGUGGGGAGAGUUUGGAGCGUCUGUUUUCUACACCUACACGCUGAUAUUCUCCUUCCUGCUGCUCACACUGCGCCCCGCCACUCCCCUCCGCCUUCACAUUAUCACGCACCUCGAUACGCUCCUCUUGCUCGCCUGGUGCCUCUACGCUUACCGCGACUUUUGGCCGCUAUGCACAACCUACCUCACAGCGGUCGACCUGCCAAAUGCUGUCACCUGGUCCCGUUUGGCCAUCCUCUCCGUCGCGGCGGUGCUCCUUCCCCUCAUCCGGCCGCGGACCUACGUCCCGGUUGACAAGUUCAACCCUAGGGUCAAAGGGCAAAUCCAUCCCGAGCAGGUCGCACCGCUACUCUUCUACCUGUCCUACGAGUACAUGACACCAAUCAUCUGGAAGGCAUGGAGAAAUCCUUCGUUACCCUACGAAGACCUACCACCACUGGCAGACUACGAUGAGGCGGAUCACCUGUACACGAAACACAUGAAGCACCUCGACCCGUAUCGACGAGAGCAAGAGGGCAAGAAGCCAAGGCAUCUGGCAGCCAUGAUCGCUUACAUCUUCCGCUGGGAGCUAUUCGUGACAUCUCUGAUGUGCGUAAUUUCUGGUGUGGCUGAGCUGGCGGCUCCUGUCGGUACUCAACAGAUUCUCUUGUAUCUUCAAGCGGAUGGACAGGGUCAGGCGAUGCACCCGCUGUUCUGGGUCGUCAUCCUCUUCCUAGGCCCUUUCAUCGGCUCCGUCGCCAUUCAGUACUACAUUUUUAUCACUACUCGCUCCUUGGUCCGCGCCGAGUCACUCCUCACCCAGCUACUUUUCGACCACUCGCUCCGACUUCGCAUGAAGGACUCGCUCGGCGACGAGGAGAAGAAGGAGGUUGCAGCAGAAGGCACCAAGACCCCUCUGAUCCGCAUCGAAGCAGCAGAGGGACCAGGUCCAGAAGCCGCCAUCGAGCACAUCGAUACAGUCGAUAGCGAAGAAGGCCAGCUUCUCGGCGAGUCGACUGCGGUCGGCUCGACGACCAGCUCGAAAGGCAAGGACAAGGCUGCAGAUGCCGAGUCCGUGGCGGAUAAGCCUGCCGCGGCGGUCGUCCCCGGGCAAGGCAUGGCCGGCAAGAUCAACGUCUUGAUGGCAGCGGAUGUGGAGUCGAUUGUUGAGGGUCGCGAUCUUCCUCUCGUCUUCAUAUACACCCCCAUCCAGCUCGCCCUGUGUAUCGUCUUCCUGUACCGCAUCCUCAGCUGGAGUGCCCUGAUCGGCAUGUUCAUCAUGCUCAUCACUCUGCCUAUCCCGGGCUUCCUCACCAAGUUCAACGCAGACUUCCAGACAAAGCGGAUGGUAGCGACGGACGCGCGAGUCGAUGUCAUCACCGAAGCUGUCGGCGCGCUUCGUAUGCUCAAGAUGUUUGCCUGGGAGGGGCGGAUGAAGGAGCGGAUUGCCGAGAAGCGAGAAGUUGAGCUGGACCUCAUCUGGAAGAGGAGACUCAUGAGUCUAUUCACCACGGUGGCCAACCUCGUACUUCCAGUCCUGACCAUGUCCAUCACCUAUGCUGUCUACACCUUGGUUCAAAAGAAACAGCUCACCGCUGCCACCGUCUUUUCAAGUAUGGCCGUCUUUGAACUCGUCAAGGGUCAGCUUAGCAUGUGCUUCUACCUGAUCAACGGCUUUGUUACUGCUUCGGUAUCUCUUGGCCGAAUAAACGCUUUCUUGAAGACGAGCGAAAUGGUAGACGAGUUUGAGCCCAAGUCACCGGUGUUCCUCCAGCCUGCGGCGCAACUCGAAGCGGAAGAGCAAGGCUUGAUUCGCUUGAAGCACGCCGAGUUCAACUGGGGCUCGUCCAAAGGCACCGAUACGCCCGGCUUUUCGCUCAAGGUGGAAGAUGUCACGUUUGUCAAGGGCAAGAUCAACCUUAUCACCGGACCGACGGGAUCUGGAAAGUCCUCUUUCCUCAAGGCGCUCAUUGGCGAACUCCACUUCGUCAACCAUCCCGGAUCAUUCUUCCACCUUCCCCGCUCUGGUGGCGUCUCCUAUGCAGCCCAGGAAUCAUGGUGUCUCUCCGAAACCAUCCGGGAUAAUAUCGUCUUUGGGGAUGAAUUCGACGAAAAGAGGUAUCGGUCGGUCCUGCAUGAUUGCGGUCUAGAGCCGGAUCUGAAGCUUUUGGACAACGGGGACCAGACCGAGAUUGGGGAGAAGGGCGUUACGCUCAGCGGCGGCCAGAAGGCCAGGGUCACGCUAGCACGCUCGGUUUACGCCCAGACCGAGGUGGUGCUUCUCGAUGACAUCUUCUCGGCGCUGGACACCUUGACAUCGAGAUUUAUCAUCGAUAAUCUGUUCCGAGGGCCGCUCAUGAAGGACCGGACUGUGCUUCUUAUCACCCAUCACAUCGGCCUCGUCGCUCCCAUGGCGGACUUUAUGCUGGCUCUGAACGAGGACGGAACGAUACGCUCAGCCGGUCCCAUCGAAGACGUUCUGGAUCACGACGAGGAGCUCGCCGCUGUUGUCGAGAAGGAGAAGAAGGAGGAUGACUCUGCCCCCAAGGAGGAUCUGACCAAGCCCGAGGAGAAGAAGUCUGCGGCGAAGCUCAUUCAGGCGGAAGAAAAGGCAGAAGGGCGGAUCAGCAAGAAGGCUAUGUUUUCGUUCUUUUCCACGUUCGGCGGCCCAGUCUUCUGGAUCCUCUACUUUGGCCUCCUCCUCGCCGGUCAAGGCUUUGCAUCCUUCGAGACGUACUGGCUCGGAGUGUGGGCAAGAGCAUACGACCACGCUCGUGUCCCCGGCGAAGUCUCGGUACCCUACUUCCUCGGCAUCUACUUUGUCUGGGUCGCCUCGGGCCUGAUCACCGCCAGCGCCUCGAACGUCCUCUUCUACCUCGGCGCCAUCAAAGCCAGCCGGACCAUCCACAAGCGGCUCGUCGACCGGAUCUUUGGCGCCUAUUCGAGGUUCCUGGAUGUCACGCCGGUGGGCCGGCUCGUCGGGCGGUUUACAAAGGACAUGAAGAGUAUUGAUGGGGCUUUCACCGAGACAUUUUCGACGGUCGCGGAGAUCACCAUCGGGAUGAUCAUCAAGUUCAUGAUCGUCGUUUCGCUCGUUCCCCUCUUCUCAAUCCCAGCAAUUGUCAUCGGAGCAGUCGGUGCCUUCCUCGGCGAAGUCUACAUCCACGGCCAGCUCUCGGUCAAGCGCGAAAUGUCCAACGCCAAAUCCCCCCUCUUCUCGCACUUCUCCGCCGCCGUCAACGGAAUCGUCUCUAUCCGCGCUUUCGGUGCGCAGGAGAAGCUCCGCCGCGAGGCGCGCAAGCGGGCCGACAAGUACACUCGCGCUGCCACGGCUUUCUACAAUCUGAACCGAUGGGUGACGGUCCGGAUCGACAUGCUCGGUGGGCUGUUUGCGGCGCUUUUGGCGGCGUUCUUGGUCUAUGGGCCUAGGAUGGAUGCUAGUACGGCUGGCUUCGCGCUGAACCAGGCUAUCGCGUUCUCGUACACCAUCUUGUGGUGGGUGAGGCUGGUCAACCAGAUGGAAGUUGAGGGUAACUCAGUCGAGCGCAUCCAAGACUACCUCGUUAUCGAUCAAGAACCCCAGGCGACUUCCAGGAACCAGCCACCCGCCGCGUGGCCAACAAGCGGGGAGAUCAUCCUCGACAAGCUGUCGGCCAAGUACUCGACGGAUGGACCGACCGUGCUGGACAAUCUGGAGGUAACGAUCAAGAGCGGCGAGCGGGUCGGAAUUGUUGGGAGGACGGGAAGUGGGAAGUCGACACUGGCGCUGGCUAUCCUCAGAAUGGUCCCCACCACCGGCAGCGUCAAGAUUGACGGUCUCGCUACCGAAAAGAUCAACCUCGAGGCGCUUCGGUCGAAUGUCACUAUCAUCCCGCAAGACCCCGUCCUGCUAUCCGGUAGCAUGCGCUUCAACUUGGACCCAUUCGGCGAUCAUGACGACGCCGAGCUGAAUGACGCCCUCCAGUCCUCGGGCCUGGGGUCCGUUCGUCAAUCUACCAGCGGUACCGCUACGCCUCAGCGGCUCACACUCGACUCGCCCAUUGCUGCUGGAGGUGGUAACCUGUCGCAGGGCCAGCGCCAGUUAGUCGCCCUCGCGCGGGCGCUUGUCCGGGGAAGCAAGCUCUUGAUACUGGAUGAGGCUACUGCGUCCGUGGACUUUGAAACCGACACCCUGAUUCAGCAAUCCAUCCGGAAUCUCCCGCGCAACACUACCGUUCUCACCGUCGCCCACCGCCUCGCGACCGUCAUGGACUAUGACAAAAUCCUCGUGCUCGGUGCCGGCAAGGUGCUGGAGUUUGACGCACCUGGGGUUUUGAAGGAUAAGAAGGACAGCUACUUUGCCAAGCUCGUCCAGGCGAUGGAGGGGUGA